UAUUAUUAUUAUUAUUAUUAUUAUUAUUUUAAAUAUUCUCCAGUGGUGUAUUGCUGUCGAUGCCAUUUGGUCUGGUGUGUGGAUGAAAAUGGACGAAUUACUGUGAAGUUUGAACAUCAGUCGAACUUUACACACGCCCUUUGCUGCUGAACAUCCCGCUCAGUGGAACUUAACUAUGUGUAUUUGCUUGUUUGUGAAAGUUUGAGGACACAGACUGAUUUUGCGGCUAGAAUAUACUCGCUCACUUUCUGAGGAAAUACUGUAUCACUCCCCUGCCCAGUGGCUCGACUGCCCCGAAGAGACUUUCCACAUUGAGAGCUCCGCGUCCGUUUGGCGUUAGCCGAGGAAGAUGCUGUGUGUGUGGAGAGAGCGUGCACGAGCUCCCGGCCCGCUGCUCGCGCUGCUGUUCCUCGGCGGAACCUUCGUGUGCGAUGCAGAUGGCAGCGACUACAGUGAAGUUCUGCCGGACUCUUUUCCCUCUGCACCAGCUGAGCCUCUGCCUGAGUUCCAGAGCGAGCCAGAGGACACAUUCAUUGUGAAGAACAGACCAGUGAAACUCUCCUGCAAAGCAUCUCCCGCCACCCAGAUCUAUUUCAAAUGCAACGGCGAGUGGGUCAACCAGAACGACCACGUCACCAGAGAGAGCCUGGACCAGGUCACAGGUCUGGUGGUGCGUGAGGUGGACAUCUCAGUGUCCAGGGUUCAGGUUGAGGAACUCUUUGGCUUGGAAGAUUACUGGUGCCAGUGUGUAGCCUGGAGCUCUGCUGGUACCACCAAGAGCCGCCGUGCAUACGUUCGCAUCGCAUACCUCAGGAAAAACUUUGAGCAGGAGCCACUCGGCAGGGAGGUGCGUCUGGAACAGGAAGUUCUGCUGCAGUGCCGCCCACCAGAAGGGAUCCCACCUGCUGAGGUAGAAUGGCUGAAGAAUGAGGAUCUUGUUGAUCCUGUGCAGGACUCCAACUUCCUUAUAACCAUUGACCAUGACCUCAUCAUCAAGCAGGCACGUCUUUCUGACACAGCUAAUUACACAUGUGUGGCCCGAAAUGUAGUUGCCAAGCGACGCAGCAGCACUGCUACACUCAUCGUCUACGUGAGUGGAGGCUGGUCAUCCUGGACAGAGUGGUCAGAGUGUAAUGCACGUUGUGGGCGGGGCUGGCAGCGACGGACACGUAGUUGCACCAAUCCGGCACCACUUAAUGGAGGUGCUUUUUGUGAGGGCUCACCCUUUCAAAGAGUCACAUGCAACACCCUCUGUCCAGUGGAUGGAGGCUGGACGGAGUGGGCUAAGUGGUCAGCAUGUGGGACCGAGUGCACACACUGGCGCAGCCGUGAGUGCCAGGCUCCCCCCCCACGUAACGGAGGACUCCACUGCAGCGGCAGCAUGAUGGAGAGCAAGAACUGUACCGAGGGACUGUGUGCCCGCUAUAAAACAGUUUCUGUUGAACAUACAAACCAUCUGGAUUCAGGGGCAGGAGUGGCUAUAUAUGCAAAGCUGGUGGGGGCUCUGUUGGUGUGUGUAAUCCUUGUGCUCAGUGUGGGCAUCCUGGCUUACCGCCGUAGCUGUCGCCAUUUCCACGGAGAUAUAACUGACUCCUCAUCUGCCCUUGCUGCUGCCUUCCAUCCUGGCAAACCGCCAAGACAAGAUAACCUUCAUGUGCUGCACUCCUCAGCUCCCCCCGACCUCACUGCUAGUGCCGGAACAUUUCGGGGGCCGAUCUUCUCCUCCCUGCAUCAGAGCACGCUUGACUCACACCACAAGAUCCCCAUGACCAACUCACCCCUGCUAGAUGCUCUGCCCAGCCUCAAGAUUAAAGUGUAUGACUCAUCUACCAUGUCAUCGCUGGAGCUGCCCACCAGCCUGGGAUGUGCCGAUGAAGACAUCAUGACCUUGAAGACGAUGGGCAGCGGUGCACGAGAGCCUCGCACACACACUCUGUCUGCUGAACCGGGCCACAGCACAAGUGCCACACUAGGCAGCCUUGGCGGGCGCCUCACCAUCCCUAACACAGGUGUGAGCCUAUUGGUACCGCCAGGAACCAUUCCUCAGGGGAAAUUCUAUGAAAUGUAUCUCAUCAUCAACAAAUGGGAGAAGACUACGUUGCCAUCGGAGGGUGGUCAGACAGUCUUGAGUCCGGUGGUGAGCUGUGGACCCUCAGCCAUGCUGCUAAGCCGCCCUGUCAUCCUCACCCUGCCCCACUGUGCCCACCUCGAGACUCCCAACUGGAGCCUUUCUCUCAAAACACAGAGCAACCACGGAGUCUGGGAGGAGGUGCUGACUGUAGGAGAAGAGAGUCUAUCCUCACCAUGUUAUAUGCAGCUGGAGGAGCAGAGCUGCCACAUUCUGAUGGAGCACUUAGGCACCUAUGGUCUGGUGGGACAGUCAGUUCCUCCUCAGCCUGCUUGUAAAAGGCUGCAGCUUGCCCUGUUUGCUCCUCGAGCUCCUUGCCUCUCUCUGGAUUACAGUCUGAGGGUCUACUGCAUACAAGACACUCCAUAUGCCCUAAAGGAAGUGUUAGAAUUAGAGCGAACACUUGGUGGGGUAUUAUUGGAGGAUCCCAAAUCACUCCUCUUUAAGGACAGUUACAACAACCUGCGACUGUCAAUCCAUGACAUCCCGCACUCUCAUUGGAGGAGCAAACUUCUUGCCAAGUAUCAGGAGAUCCCAUUCUACCACAUCUGGAAUGGGAGCCAGCGGCCCCUGCACUGCACCUUUAGCCUGGAGAGAAGCAGCCUGGCCGUGUCCCAGCUCAGCUGUAAGAUCUGUGUGAGGCAGGUGGAAGGGGAGGGACAGAUAUUCCAGCUCUACACAGACAUCCAGGAGACAUUGCCCCCCCAUUCACCGCUGCCUGCAGCAGGAACUAGCCUGCCGUCAUCUCAGGUGGGUCCUUAUGCCUUCCGCCUGCCAGCCUCCAUCCGCCAAAAGAUCUGUGCCAGUCUUGAUGCCCCCAGUGCCCGCGGCUGUGACUGGAGACUACUUGCACACAGCCUAGGCUUUGACAGGUACCUGAACUACUUCGCCACAAAGCCAAGCCCCACAGGUGUGCUGCUCGACCUGUGGGAAGCCUGUCACCACAGUGAUGCCGACCUGGUCUCCCUGGCGACUGCUCUGGAAGAGAUGGGCAAAAGUGAGGUCUUAGUUGUCAUGACGACAGAUGAGGACUGCUGAUUGGGUAAUCAAAACCUGUAAAAAGGAAAGAAAUGUGCCACCAUGAAUAAAGCAAUCAUUAUUGCCAGUGGAUGGGCAUGAAGAUGUGACCACACAGCCGGACUCGUCACCGUGUGUGUGCACACAGAAGAUAAAGAGCUGCAAGGCGCUGGCUCCAUGAUCUCUCAGUCUUACACACACUACUACACUCAGUCACAACAGACAUGAACCAAAAAAAUGUGAUGUCAUUUGAAUGAAAACAUGUGGGGGGUUUUUUUUAUCUUAAAACAGGUAGCAGAUUUAAAUCUUGGCCUGUCUGCAUGAAUCAUGUGUACAAGCUCAUGGUUCAAGGAUGCGUUUUGCCCGCUCAGACGUGAAUAAUUUUUCUUCUAAACACAGGCACACACGCACACACACACACACACACACACACACACACUCAGACUACAUGCUGGAAGCCAAGUGUGAAAGUGCAUGAUUAAGCAUCACUUAAGGUUGUGAUUGAGCUUUUGUUUCUUAGUGAUUAUCGGAGGCUUAAAGUCACCAUCAAACAGACUGUGGAGUGAAGCAUUUUUUCAAGCUGCUCACACACACAGACACAGACACAGAAACAGCAGUACUGCAAUAGUUAUUAGUUUUGCCAUUUUCAUUUACAGCAUACCAAACUAGCCUGUAGCGAACCUGACACUGCACUUCACCUUUUUGGCAAAAUUGUUGACAUGUUUAUGAUUAGCAAAAAUAAACAGGGCGCUUCUGUUGUUGCAAGAAAUUAGGUAUGCACGUUUCCCAUUUUCAGUACAAUAAGUAUUUUGUAUCUCCUGAUACCUGGUACUGAUUCAGUACAGUCAUCCUUACAGGAAACAAGCCAAAAUUCUGCAAGCUGCUGGUGCCUAGUUAUGCAAAAUAUCAGAGACAUGAUGGUGCCGUGUUCAAGUCAAGGUCACUCACCUUCAUGCCAAAACACGUCAGAGGAUCAGAUCCAACAAUCCACUGGUUCAGGCACGUAUCAGUGCAUCUCUAGAGGAAAGCUUUUAUGAACUGCAUUUCCCUUUUACUUUAGUCAUCUUGGUUUCUUUUAAUGAAAUUUACUCUUCAACACAUCAUAUACAGUAAAAUGCAGAAGAGCUAUCACACAAGUUUCCUAUAGGGAACGCACUUUUUAAUUUACUGUCCAUAUUAGUGGAUUAUUGUUUCAUUCUCUCUUGCUGUAGCUGCUGUAAUGUUAUUGAGGAGAACGACUGCAUUUGUGCUUGACUGCUGUUACAUUACUUUACACAAACAGGGAGUGGUUAAAAAGUGCUUAAAGGACUACAUGUUUUGUGGCAAGGUUUUCUAAAUGCUGUGUAAUAAGUCAUGAGUAAACUGUCAUUUCAGGCAUUGAAACAGACAUGAAAAAUGUGAGCUCUGAUUCUGUGAUCCUGUGUUUGGUUCAACUCGAGCCAUUAAUCACUGCUCAGAGUCUUAAGGUCAGCCAAUUGUAGGCCUUGUGUUAAGUGUCUUUGGAAAUGGCAUGGCGCUCUUUGGACUGCAUUGUGUCACGUUCACUGUCUUUGACUGUGGGUUGGAAAUGUUACUAUAGUGUGAGACUAACAGCCAUGGCUGUCAUGGGCCCUUUACCAUUUGUCCAUUUUGAUGUUGUAUCAUUAGCAUAUUGUGACCUUAAUAUUAUAAGGUUCAGUCUGGCAUUUUGGCUGGAAAUGAGUUCAGCACAUUAGUUGGAACAUAACUUCACUUUUGGUAUUAUUAUUCUCUCUCUCUCUCUCUCUCUCUCUCUCUCUCUCUCUCUCUCUCUCUCUCUCUCUCUCUCUAUCUCUCUCCAUUUUUUAUUUUACACGUUUAAGAUUUGUGUUGCAAUAUUUUAAGGAAAGUUGCACAUCUAAAAUUAAUGAAAUUGGAAUGAACUUGGAUUCUAUCACAGCCAUAAUUGUAUUCAAAAUGAUAGAUAAAUUAUUAAUGAAUAAUUUUAUUAAUUGUAAUAAAUUGCCAAUCAAAGUCUACCCAGUUUAAUAGAGUGAAUGAAGCAUAGUGGUGCUAUCAGACAUUUCCUGUGGCAUACAUGAGAAGGAAAAAAGCAUUUAUGAGUGCUUAUAUUACUUCAUACUACUAGUGUAGUAUAAAAACGAUAUUUUUUCCUAGUCUAGACUAUUUACAGCUCUAACAUUUUGUUAAACUUUAAAAAAAAAAACCUUUAAAAUUUUUUUUUUUUUUUUUUAAAAGCCUUGAGCACAGUAGAAAGCUUAGUAAUGCUAGCAGUAAAUAUUUGCCAAUACCUACCUCCAAUAAUGUGUUUUGUUGGGGUUUUUCCUGCCAUAUCUCAAAGUGGAAGCAGGACUAAAUAUAGCUAGGUAUAGAUAUAUACAUAUACAAGUAGCUAUAAUACAUGGAUAACAUAUGUGGCACCUGUUGGUUUCACUGCAUGUAACUUUAUACUUUUCUCAGUAAAUACCCCCCCCCCCCCCCCCAUUUAUAUUUAUUGUAUGAAUGACGGCAUAUAAAAUCAUUUCAGAAGUGAAAUAUGAGAAAACAUAGCCUAAUGGAGUGCAAAUACGUUGAUGUGCCAUCUAUGUUUUAGAACGAAUGACUGAAUUGUAAUCAUGUUAAUAACUUCAUAACCAUGUUUCCUACCUGGUCAAAUACCCACUUUUUAAAUAUCUCAGGGUUUUGAUAAUGUACAUGUGAAGCACUUUUAAACUCUACACCCUACUUAAAUAUAAUUAUGGAUGUCACUACUGUAGCUUUUGCUAGCUGAAAUAUCACAUCUUAGAGGCUUGAUAUCAAAAAACUACUUUUCAGCCAAAUAGAACAAUAUAAUUCUAAGGUCACAAUAUGUCUUUUAAUUAUUUUUUUACAGCCAUUUCUUUGUAAAAGUGUUGAGAUUUCCUCCACAAAAAAGCAGUAUCUGUCAAUCUUUCUGGAAAAGUAAUUUUUUGUGGUGUGCGUACAUGUGCUUUUGAACGCGUGCUGGUUGAAGGGCCUCAUUUUGUAGCAGUUUCUUUGACUUUUUAUGUCAAUUCUAUGCAAGAAAAAAAUGAAUAAAUUUGCAGACCUAUUUAAAGUUUUCUGUCAGAUGUGCACAUGUCGGUUUCGAAAUUGUCACGCUGUACUGCUGACACAUGCUGGAACAGGCCUUUAGGAUAUACAUAAAGGUCCUCCAAGGCUCACCAGCAGAAACAAACAAUAUAAAAUGACCCCAGGAAGUUGGGAUUUACUGUAAUACUAGUUUCCUUGUGCUCUUUGCUGCUUUUCUGAGCUGUGUGGAGGAAUUCUGCCAUCAAUAGAUGAAAAUAAAUAUUCUUUCUGAGGAGGAGGAAUAAAUUAGGACCUCUACCCAUGAAAAGGAUUGGCAGUUAUGACACUGUAGAUUGUAAAGAAAGCUCCUAAGCACAUGGAUUUUGUCUGGGGAAACCUCUUCUAACCCCGACACAAACUUUGGACAUCCUUCAGGUAUGAGACAUGGGACUGCAUCCGGUCUCAUCCUUCUGAGAUCCACCUCUGGAUGUUGGUUUCUUGAGUUAUUUUGUUCUGAUGUCAUAGCAGAACUGUGAGGUCUUUUUUUGUUUGUUUGUUUCAUCUAAACACUGUAAAUGUCUAUUGUACAUAAAUGUUUAGCCUUCUUACUGUAACUAAAUAUAAUUUUUAUGCAAUAAA